CGGCACGGCGCGGGUGUUUAUUGUCUCUGGUGCUCACAUAAAUUGCGUCCAUAUUUUUCAUAUCUUGUGCCAAGAAAUUCCAAGGUACCCGCACUUGAAUUUUCGCAAAUAUAAAAUAAAGUGUAUAUAUAAUAUGCAAAUGUGUGUAUAUUUUGCGGAGAAAUAAUGCAAAAUUUUGUGCAUAAAAAUUAAGAAUUAAAAAAUUUUCAUUUGGUGAAUUACACAAUCAGUAAAACUGUGCGGCUAGUGUGGUGAAAUUUAUAUAAUAUUAACGCGCACGAGCAGGCGAAAACGACGAGCGGUGAAGACUAGCACAGACAGCCAGCGCGCCAGCCGGUGUCUCUAGUGACGAUUUGCUGGCGGCCAUAGCGAAUCGCGCAACUAACUCGCGCGCACCUCAGCAAGGCAUAUUCUUUUAAGAGCAGAAUCUCUCUGUAUUUCGAAGCGACUGCUGCUUAAACAGUUAAACGAAUUAUCUGCGGCAGAUCACUCAAGUGGUGGUGAAUAAAUAGUUGUUUGUUUGAUAAAUUAGCCGCAUCGCCUUUGGCUGUUUCGACCGAUCGACUGACGGCAUUGCAAAUCCGCUGCCAAGCAAAUUGCGUGCGUAGCUGCAAACGUUUUUGAUUUUUAUUUUGAUUUUUUGUGAUUUUCUGAAACCUCAAUAAAUUGUUGGUGUCGAAUACUGAAAUCCGAAAAAAAUCAAGGUCGUUAAAAGCAGACAUAUAGUUCUGCAGAACGCGCGACUGUAAAAAGCGCCGCGCACCAGACUACGGCAAAACAGGUCACUAGUAGCAUUUAAUCUAAAAGAAAAUUCAAACGCAUAACGACCGCUAAAAUGGCUGACGAUCUUCUACCUGAACUCGGCGAUUUGCUCUUCUCAGUGCUGAUCGGUUACGCUGGCGCCUUGGAAUUCCUCUAUGUCGUACGUCAUCUCUAUCACUGGAGCUGCGGUCAUAUGGCCACCACCCAAAACGAUGCGGAAAGUCUCAAGCGUCUACAGGAGCGUAUGCGCUGCCAGCUAGCUGAAGCUGAGGCGAAAGAACUACAGACGGGUACGCAGGUGAUGAAAGACGGCGUACUCUAUAAGGAUGGAUUUCGAGUUGAUGCUGAAAAAUUGGAAAACGAUCGGCUGUCAGCUGAGCAGAAUACACCCGAAGCGCGUGAGAAACGCAAGAGGGAGAUAGAGGCGGAAUUGAAGCGACAACGCGAGAUUGAAGAACAAACACACAAGCAACUGGCAGAGGCUGAAGCGCAGCUAGAGCGACAGCGCAAGCAAGCUGCUGAGGAAGAGGAGGAGGCGCGAAAGUUGCUAGAAGCAGAGCGUGCGCGUGAAUUGGAACAGAAAAGGCAAGAACAGGAGCGCGAAGCAGAAGAGGAAGCACGCAAGUUGUUAGAACGUGAGCGACUGCGCGAAGAGGAAGAGCGAAGAAGAGAAGCGGAGGAGGAGGCGCGCAUGAAGAGAGAAGCAGAAGAGGAAGUACGCAGAGCUGCCGCGGCAGAGGCGGAGAGAAAGCAUGCGGAGGAAGAAGAGCGUAAACGUGCUGAAAAAGAAGCAGAACUCCUAAAGGCGACAGAAGUGAGUGCAGCGAAAGAAGCUGAAGAGCAAACGCGCAAGUUGCUAGAAACUGAAAGGCAACAUGAGCUGGAGCAGCAUAAACAAGAAGAAAACGAGGAAGCUGCUAAUAAUGAACGCAAAUUGCUCGAAGCUGAACGACUGCGAGAAGCAGAACAAUUAAUACUAGAACAAGAAGAUAUACAAGACAGCGAUGAGCCUGAAAGUCUACUCGACGAGCUAGAGGACGAGCAAAAGCGUGUGUUUUCGAAUGAAAUACGCGCAAGCCAUAAACAAACCGAGCCAGGAGAAACGGAGACUUUGGAUAGCAUAAUGCAACUACUCGACGCCGAGAGUGACCGUCAGUUGCGCGAGCGCGACUUUGAGGAAGCAGCCACACAUGAACGUGUCGAGCGACAGCGACUAAUCGAAGAGAAUGCGCGUAAGUUUCUCGAAGCCGAUCAGGAAAUGGAGGAACUCCUCGAGUCUGUGCAGAAACAACGGCGUCUAUCUGCCACAGAGAGCGCACCACAAUCGCCUCUGUUGGAAGAGCCAUGUGUGAGGAAAACAAUGAGUCCACUCUCUGAUAAUUCGGAAAGCACCGGCGAACGUCUGACACAAACUGUGAAGACACAGUUCGGGCAAACCAGCAAUGAACCAUAUUCGUUGACAACGAAGCCGCUGCUCUUCAAGAGUAUAUCCGAUGAUACUCCGUCUUUUGAGCCGCAGAGUUCGUUGAGCGCACAGCACUCCGACGAGUAUGGCGCCGAUGCAGAUGGCGAACUACAUAGCACAAUCGAUGUACAAAUUACGCAGUUGGAGCGGCAAGCGCCCGAUGGCGGUGAAGAUAAUGAUACUAGCGCAUCCCAACAGUACACAGAGGAUUAUCUCCGCUCGCUCGAUGGCAUCAAGCAGCGUCCUUUGGUGCGUGAAGAUGGCUCGGGACGUAGGCGUGCAUUCAAGAAACGUCGUUCCAGCGGUAGUUCCAAUUCGUCGUAUGAAUCGCGUGCUUCACGUGAGGAGGAAGUAAAAAUGUUCACCUCACUGGAGGAGGAAGAGUUGAAACCGACGAAGGAAGGUGAUGCUGAUUUCACGCCAAUCAAGUAUGCCAGUGAGCCGUUAUUGAAAGUCAAGAUGCCACGCCGGCGACAUAAGCGUAGCCCAGCAAAGGAUGCCAAGCCGAGUGAAAGCGGCAUAAGAGGUUCGCUGGAGAUGCUGGAUGAGGAGGCGAAUACAAAUCCAUGGGGUGAGGUCACACCAGAGCACUACAAAGAUAUGCCAUUCUGGAAGCGUGAAAAGUCAAUGUCAAUCGAUGAGGAAGCAAUCGAACUUGAGUCACCUGCUACGGAGAAGGAGGAGGGGCGAGAUGUAAAUGCCAGAAAUGAACCGAAAGCGUUAGCGUUUGAGGAAGCUAGCCACACACAAAAUGAGGAAGCCAUUAGCGUUUUGCAGCGGCAACAGACCAAGGAAGAGCAGGAAACUGCCGAUCAGCAGCCAGCGUCAGAUGAGGCAGCUCGCAAUGAUAUUCAAACGAACCUUCACACCGCAUCCCAAUCACCAAUCGACCGCAAAUCGGCCUCUCCUCGCUUACGUCGCAGUCCACGUAUCGAUGAAAUGGAUCAAUAUGAAGAACUGUGGAACAAAACAAAUGAGACGAUAUCGCCGCAAGUGCCAACCACGCCUACAACACCUACCACGCCGUCCAUUACUGUUAACCACGCGCCAGACACUGCACCUUGGCGCGAUCAAUACGGCCUACUAAUGGAAGGCCUCAGCGAUUUCUAUGAUUUCACGGCCUCGAUGAAUCCUUCACGUUCACGCUCCACCUCACGACAGCCUUCGCCAGCGAAUUCUCAACCGAGUACACCCGCGCCAAAGAAUGUAGAGUUUUUGCCACCUCAGGAUAGUAACGCCAACACUAUCGAUAUCUACGAUGAUACCGAAAGUGUAAUGGAGGCAGAGCUGACCAAAGAAAACGUAGUAAAUUUCAUAGAAUCCUUGCAGAAUGACUGCACAAGAUUGUCUCAAACAAUUGGCCAACAAUUGCAAGUUGUUGCGGAUUCACCAAAUGUAAAUACAGAAGGUGCGGAAGAUAGUUCCCGCCGCGAAAUGAAUUUGCUUGUGCAAACCUUGCGUGUUGAAAGACAAUCUAGGUCGCGUUCACGCUCGCCACUGCCGACGGGCGCCCAGCUAGAGCGUAGUGUCGAGGUACGUCGCAAAAAGUUGAUAGAACAAAAUGAUAAACUCUUUGAAACACUAAAUCUGCAAGCAGCGUCUGCGGUAAAAACAAAUCAGCAGUCGAUUGAGUCUUCCACAGGUGAUAUAAGUGCGCGCGAUCAGAUGAGAUUGCUGGUGGAAGAGCAACGCAAUAGACCGAGAUCGCGCUCACAUUCACCGCUACCCACCGCGGACAAUCUGGAACGUAGCCUUGAAACGCGACGUUCAAGACGUAUUAAACAUAAUGAUGAAGUAAUUGAAAAGCUCGGUUUGGAUGUAAACGUAAGUCGUACGCCAAGUCCCGCAGUCGAAAAUCCUACAAGCCCCACAGAAGUUCAGAUCGAAAAGGCAGCCGAUAAUACCACAAGCCCGAUGGAAGAAGACUCCAAAGAGAGCAUGAGUCGGUUAGUGGAGUCGUUGCGCGUGGAUAGAACGCACUCUCAUUCACGCUCGCGUUCUCGUUCGCCACUUCCCACGCCAGAGAACUUGCGAACUGGCUUAGAGCAGCGCCGCAAGAAGAAGAUUCAACAAAAUGAUGCACUUUUCCAGCAGUUACACAUGGAUGUAUCAACGCUCGCAGAUGAUGCGUCUACCAGCUCGGGCGUAAGGUCGUUUACUGCACCGAUAAUUUCUAUAGAGUGUUUUGAUGAAGAUCCCGGAAAAGAGAAGUCAGAUAUUAGAAAUGCGGAAAAUGAGUAUUCGCUCGAUAAUAUGACCAGUUUAGUGGAGUCACUACGCUUGCAACGUUCACGUUCCAAAUCGCCCAUGAGACGUCUCGAACGCGAGCGAACACCAGAGCCGAGCAACAUACGCGUCGGCUUGAUGGGUACAGAUCAAUUGAGCGAUUGUGAAGACGAGCAUGACCGACGAUCUCGUACGCCAUCGCGUUCAAUAUCACCCAAACGGGUGAGUAUGCAUGCGCAACAAUCGAAUGAGGAGUCUUCCUUUCAAGUGUUACUCAAUCUGGAGGCAUCACAAAAUAGAACACUUUUUAAAAGCAGUGAAGAAAUGGAGAGCUUAUUGGCUGAGAAACAGAGACAAGUGGACGCAGAGGCUUUGCGUAAAUUGAAUAAUGCGAGUGAAGAAAUAGAGUUGCGUACCGUUACACCAAUCUCACCGGCUGGUAAUGCAAAUGAAAACAAGCUUGACAGCCUGCCACUCGACGAACAUAUGCGACAAUUGCGCUGCUCACCGACAACACCCGAUUACGAUCGCACCAUAUCACAAGAGUGGGGCGACGUGCAACGUAUUAAGGAUGAAAUGUUGACGAGUGGAUUCAAGCGCUCCACUUACGUGGGCGAGUCUUUAGAUCUUGGAAGUGAAUUUGCGCCGCUGCGCGAACAAACAGCACGCUUCCGACGCUCACGUAGUCCAUCACCCUCGCUAGUUGCUACAGAGACACAAGCAGAAAAGAGCGAGCGGCGCGAAGUGCAGGAUAAAAUAUUGGCUGAGCUCAUUUCGGAAUCGGAGCUGGUCACAGAUGCGAAACGUUUGGGUGCAAAACCUAAAGAGUUACGCUCCGCAUCAAGAGACUACCAAGAAACACAAUACGAUGAGUUGCGACGCAUGAACGCGGAGUUUCAGCGCUCGCGUAGUCAGAGUCGUUCCCCACUUGGUGAAGUAGAGGCUAAAGAGGUUGCUAAAAUCGAGGAAGAGGCGACGAAGCGUGAGCUGCAAGAUACCUUAAGUAGUCUUGCAAAACCAAGUCUUAAUUUCGAAGAAUUCUCGCGCUAUCUCAAUGCGGGUUUUCUAGACAAUGAACGCAGAGCUUCCGAUUCGGCAUUGAUACAGAAACCUGAGGUUAUAAUACAGCUGCAGGAGCUUGAGGAGGAUUUCGAAGUGGAGCCAGAAAACUAUCACCACUUUCGCCGUUUCUCGCUGAAUCAAGAGCAGUCGAUUGAGGAAUAUCCCAACGAUGACUACGUUUUUGUCUCACAAAUCGAAGUACAAACUCCCAGCGGUACACGCACUUGGAUACGAGAGGAUUACUACAGCGAAGACUUUGAACAGCUCAGUUUACUCACAGAAGAAAGGGCUGCAAGUGUUGCGCUCACUGUAGACGCUCUAAAAGCAGCAGCCGGAGAGCAGCGUCACGUCGGGGGCGAAGAAGAGGAAACCGACGGCAGCGAAGAUGAACGACAAACCGUAGUGGAGGUAGAAGAUGAAAUAGACGAGGACAUAUGCGACUUCAAUGAACGUGGCCCAGCGGACGAGUCACAUCACGAGCAAUCAGAGUGCGAGGAAGCAGAACGCGAAAUGGAUCAUUAUGCAGAUAGGGAGGCAAACGAUUGGCAGCACGUGGAGAAUAUUGAUGAGCUGCUAGGCGAUGAGAAUUUAUUCGUUGCGGAAGAAGGGGCCGUCGGCGGCGACGCUGUUGGAGAGAACGUAUUUGAUUAUGAUUCAGACUCGGCGGCUAUUGAUGAGAUCUACGAUGAGGCUAUUAAAAACCGUAAGCAAUCGGGUAUUCUACGCGAUUACGAUAGCAUUUUAAAGGAGAUGCAAAAUAACUACUUGAAUAAUGCGGGUGCAACGGAUGGCAGUGAGGGUGACAUGAGCGCCGCAAGCGAUGGUGAACGCAAGAAGAGUACAAAGGGAAAGCGAGAAGGUGAGGCAGCAUUGAAACUUAUAAAAAAUGAGCGACGUGAGCAUGAGUUGCGCUAUUUGGGCGAUGCCAGUGAGUGUGAAAGGCAAUCGACGCGCUUGCGCACACGUUAUGGGUAUAUGCCACAGCUGCACGGUAGUGGCGUUGAAGAUUUGGACAUGGAAGUGGAUCUGAGUUAUAAACCGAAAAGAGAAUACAACUGGCGAAAGAAUUUCAAAAUUGACGAUGAGGAUGAGGUGAAUGCUAAUAAAGCGGACGAAAACAUUGUCGAAACAGAGGCCAAUGCGGUUGGUAGCAACUACUUAGACCUGAGAAAAUUCAGCCUGGGUGGUGAAAGCAUUACGUUAUUCAGUCAAGGUUCUGAAGGUGUUUGCUAUGUGGCAGAUGAAAAUCAAUUAGCCGCUGAUACUAUACCAGAAGAAAAGGAGUGCAUAGAUGGAGUAGCAGAACCGCUGGGGUUGGGGUCGGGCGCUGCAAUGGAGCAGGAAGAGCCAGCAACGACGGCCGUCGAUAAGCCCAAGAAAAAGAAAAGUAAAAAGAAGUUACGUAAAGAUUCUCGAAAUAAUAGCACAGAAUACUAUGCAAAGGACGAAGAUGACUCUGAGAGUCAGCUCAGCAGUCGACGUAACAGCAGCGUACAAAUGGAAGCGAACUCGCCUAAGCGUCCGAAAUCGCGGUCGCGUCGCAACUCUAGAAAUAGUUUGACCAACGAUGAAAGCCUCAGUCUGUUCUCACCGCGCAGCAGUGUUGUAGUGGAAUCAGCCUUAGAUGACUUAACACAAGAUUGCGCCGGCGCGUUCAACAAAAAGAAGCUUAAGAAACGCAAGAAGACAAAAGAUGGCUUCAGUGCAGCAGCAACUGCUGACAUCAAAGAGGAGCUAGCGAGCGAACUGAAUGAGCGUGCACCCUACUUUGAUUUAUCGGUUAAUGUACCAACGGCUUCGGCAGCCGUCACACCCGGUACGGCGAGCAUUAAUCCGCUUGCGACGCUGAGUCCACAAAACAGCAUUUGUACGCCAGCAAGCUCCAUUGGCUCUGAGACACCUGACAUAAAGGAGUUAAUUAGUGCUCCUUCUUCGACGGAGGGUUCGCCGCUACAGCAAGGAAAUGAGAGCACUGCGAUUGAGGCGAGAAUUUCAACAGCUGCCGAUGCUUUGAUAUCAUCACCAACCGAGGCGACGUCCAGCGCAGCUGUAACAGUGGCUACGCGCACAUCAAUUACACCAACAACUACAACCAGAACCACGGUGGAUACUUUCGAUAUACUAAAGGAUGCUAAUUUCUAUCCGCUAUUCUAGAUGCUUACGCCCGCAAGUAAUUUUGUUUGUGGUUUUCAGUGUGUUAGUUUGCUUGCUUCUCCUUUGUCGUUCACCCUUCAACUUUUAUGUGACAGAGUCAUAGUUGAAACGAAUAUCCAAACCAAAACCUCUUAUAGCCUUAAAUUGCACCCGCAACCUGCACCUGCAUCUACACCUAGCCAU